AAAUGACAUCCUUUUAUUCCAUUCCUUAUGACUCAUGCUUAUCCAUUAUAAUUCCCGCGAAUUGAUAGGUGGUCUAUAAUAUGUGUAAUGAAACCCUCUCGCUCACACUUAAUGCGGGAAAGGUCGGCAUGAAUGAGUUCUUCCAUGCGGCUUGAACACGGCAUUUUAUAUCUAACGAUCGUUAUCGUGCCUCGGCAUUGACGAUUUUUUCUCUAUCUGUACUUUAUCUACAGUAUGUGUCAUGAAAAGGCUUCUAACAUUCGGCAUUCAAUGCGGGAUCAUUAAUGUGCUCUGCCAUGGUGGCCCCAGAAAGGAAUCCCUAAAAUGAGAUUGUUCAGAUUGGACGGUGCUUAUAUCGAGCGUUGGCUAUAUGUACUUUUCAUUUGGAGCAUUUCUCUUUGCUGUGGUUUCCCACUUACGGACACCGUCAUACAAAGGCAUGGCCUCGGCAGAAAGAUCCCUGCUCUUCCCAUCUUUUUUUCUGAUCCCGCAUUGAAGCCGCGCCUCAUUCUAUUCAAAAGCGCUCCUGCGUUCAUUACCCUUGCCUAUCGUCGCCUGAGCAAUUGUUUCAGCGCUUUUCUCACCAGCCAUCAACUGUAUGGUAAUGUGGAUAAUGUGUGUAUGCUGUGUUUUUUUUUUUUUUUUCGUCCGAACAGAAUUAACACGGAUUGCAAGUCCAUAGGAAAUUAUUUCGUAAACGUCGCUUGAGUAUCGAUUUUACUGUUGCAAAUGUUCGUUUAAAA